GAAAAAGUUUUUGUAUACUAACUUUUCACAGCUUUGAGACCAUACUUUAAUAUAAUAGCCAUUUUAAUUUCAACCUAAUUUACAUGUUCAUAUCAUCAGUUUAAAAAUAUUUCUUAGUUUCACUAUCAUGAUAUUUCAAAGCAAACGUGCUACCAAUGCAUCAUGAGAAACUUGAGUGCAGAUGAAGUUCCAAAGCUCUCAGAUGAGCUUCUUCGUGAAGAGCUUGAAGUUCGUGGCACACCUGUUGGACCAAUUUCGGACUUCACAAGGCCACUGCUGGAGAAAAUUCUUCUACGCAAACUUGGACUUCUAGAAUCUGGUGAAGAAGAGGGAGCUCGAGGGGAUGGCUGGGCUAGCCAGGCAGUUGAGAGCAAAGCUGCAAGUGAUGCAGAAGCUCUUCCGGUAUAUGCAUUUUUUGGAGUCCAUCUACCACCAAACUGCUGCGAAUCACAUGGGCCUGAUCCUGACUUCAAGCCCGUGUACACAGACAAGGCUAAAUGUCUGGCUGCUCUAAAAAAACACAAAGGAUCGCGCUUCAAAACCUUUCCCAGCUACGAUGAUGCGCUGCAGUUCUCAAUGAAUGGUCCUAAAGUUAAUCUGAAUGAAUCUAGUGUUGACUUGGUCUGUGAUAAAGUUGAUUCCGUUGAUGGAAAUGCCAACAAUCAGCCAAGUUUAAGCCUUGAGAAGCCUUGUGCAUUUAGAGGACCUUCUUCUCAAGACAGAGUCAAGUUCCGUAAAACUAUUGAGACUGGAGACAUUGCUGCAUUCAAUGAGUUAGUGUGCAACAACCCGCGAUAUUUGGUGAGCAGCGGCGACAGUCCCGCCAUCUUGAAGGAAGGCACGCGGUACAACGCGCUCCACGUCGCCUGCCUCACCAACCAGCAUGAGAUCUGUGCAAUGAUUCUCCGCUUCAUAUCCCAGCCAGACCUGUUCAAACGUCUAUACCCUGACGACAGCCCGUCCACCAGCACCCGGCGGCAGCAGUACCUGCUAGAUCUGUACCUUAACAUGCCAGAUAAAGGGCCUUAUGAAACACCCCUGCACAUUGCAUGCAAGCUCGGCCACGUGCAGUGUGUUAAAAUCCUCACCUCAUAUGCGCUCUGUGACAAGGAAAUUUGCAACAAAUACGGCGAUAAACCUCGAGAUGUGAUUUGCCAGCGCUGGCGAGGCGGGGCUGGAGGCAGCCCUUCCAAUACCAAAGCGGCUAUAGCAGAGCUGUUGGAGGCUCAUUACUACGUGCCGGUGCUGCGGGACUCGUCUUUUAACCUUCCUCCUGUCGUAGGGGAAGUCUGGUCGCCAACGAUCGCGUCGGAACAUGAGUUUGCUGGCGACGUGACGUCUUCGACUUUUAGCUUCUUAAACGUCAGCGACUGCAGCUUGAUGAACGUGAGCAGUUUGGACUGCAGUGGCCAGCUGCCUUCAACAGCGUCCACUUCACUCAUGCAUAGGCUAGCUUUGCCGAGUCCACUCUCGUGUUCGAGAAAGGUUGAAGCAUUUCUAGGCCCCUUGCCACUCUCCAAAGCGUUGAGUGCGCGCAAGCAGUGGCGCGACUGCGCACGUCCAUCUCGCACUCUGUGCUCCAUCCCAGCAAACCGUCUUGAAACGUCAGGUUUUGGAGAAGAUUCCUCUCCCAUCCAGCCAAAUGCUGCUGUCCACAGCACGCCCAAGCGAGGUCUUGGUCUUAGCCUAAACUUAGAAACGCCGCCGUCUCAAGGGACGACUUCCAUUCUCUCCAGCACGCCUCGACACAGAGAUGUUGUUCUACCAGAUUAUGAAAAAGGUCUCGAAGUUCACGGGAGACGCCUAGCUAAGGAAUACAACACAAAUUGGUUUGAAUAUUGGGACUUUCUGGGAGAAUUUGUUGACUGCAGCUCUGAAGACGGAAAGGCCAAACUGGAGGCACAUCUCAAGCAGCAGUUUGCUAAGGUGGUGGCCAAUGAGCAGAGCAUUGACAUGGACAUGGUGUGUCGUAAGCUCAUUGAUGAAGGCGUUGAUGUGGAAAACAAAGACGUCGUCGCUGCUGCUGCUGACAGUGAGUCGAGUCUCGACCCGCCUUUUUCUGCAACGUCCAGUGGUCGUCUCACGGCCGUCAUGAUUCCAGUCACAGGAGUUUCGCCGUCGAACCACUUGCCAGUGAAGAGUCACACACAAAGCCCGAACAGAAGCAGCAGCAGCAGCUCCCUGGGAUCUCUAUGUCAGGGCCUGGAGGCCAUCAGGCUGAAUGCUUCGCUGUCUCCCACUGCCUCUCAUUAUUCUCCUGCUGCCCAAAGGCGCUACAACGAGCUUAUGGACAUGAUCCAAUCGGACGAGUCUCAGCUACGUGAGCUGAUCACUUCUAUAGACACGAGCCAUUUGAGCCUCACAGCGGACGAGCUGAACUUAAGCCUGCGCAGCGACAACUGGCGUCUCAUCAGCUACGUGGCGCAGUCAUGUCGCGUGACGGCGCGUACGCUGGCUUGUGUUCUACAGGACCUGGUUGCAGACCCCCAGCUUAGGAUGCUGCCUCAACUCUCCAUCAUUCGCAUGGUUAAGACAAGAAUAGCUGGUGAGAUCCUUGCUCUCCAUGUGCUAAUCAGUAGAUGCUGUGCCGAUGACAGAAAUACAGCACGCUCGAAGAAAUCUGGUUCUAAGCACAAAGAUGGUUGCAACGUGAAUGGUGAAAACAAUAAUUCCAGUCCAGAUUUUGAGCGGGAAAACUUUGUUGAGUCUACCAGAGAGAACUCAGAACUGAACUCUGUUGUUGAUAAUAAUGAAACACUUGCUGGUAGCCGGGAACAGAACGCCUUUGAGAGGAGCAUUCAAGAGUCUGGGAUCACUUUCGUCCAUGGACUAUUGGCUGUCGAGAUUCUAAGGCUGGUGAGCGAGUGUCUCCUUCCAAGUGAACUUCUCUCCUUGCUCCAUGUUCUCAAGGUUGUUGUGAACAAUUUAACUUAUCUUGAAAUCGCAUUGUCAGACGAAGAGGGCGAUGAAGAUGAUGUUGAAGAAAAUAGACGUUUGCUUGGAAGACGUGAUACGAGGAAAAUUCAUGAUAGAUCUGACCAUGCACAGCACGUCAAAUGUGUCGUACUUCUUUUAGAACGCGCUCUUGGUAUAGCCACCAACGAGGGUUCUGAUGACAAGUGCAAUCGAAUCCCAGGGGUUGCUGAGUUGCCGGGAUGUUCUUGCCAUUGGGAGAAUUGUUGCGUGACUUUAGCAGCACUCACAGAAUAUGCAUUCAACGGUCCAUCGUCUCUUGCAAAAAAACAUUCUGGAACGAUGCGUAACAACUCGAAUAACACGAGCAUGCUUGAAAGUUCUUUAAACCAAUCAAACGUCAAGUUCAACAAAGCACAUUCAUUUCUACACCAAACUGUGUUUGGUAACGGAAGUCCAUCGAUCCAUUCUCGUAUUAAUGCUAAAGUUAAAGGAUCUCCCGAGCUUCGCAAAUGCUCUCUAAAAGAAAGUAUUGUGAAAACUUUAAACUUUGAUGAUGAUGACAACCUCUCUUCUCAAGAUGUUUUGAACAAAGAUUGUAAUGGCAAUAGCACCCCGUCAAACUUAGUUGCGUCAAAGAAACUGAGUAAUGCCAAAGAUAUUAAUCUAGUACCAAUGUCGAAUCUUAAUGAUGAAUCUCUCGUGUAUGAGAACAAUAAUGUUCUCUUGCCUAACGUUGGUCUUCUUAUUGAAGAAAUUGGUGUGAAUGGAGUUUGUGUUAAUAGUGAUACCGGCAUGGAAAAUAUUGCGUCUGACCCGAUAUCCCCGAAUGACGAUCAUGUGGACUCGGGUCAUGUGCUGGACGAUGGCUGUAACGAAGAUAAUGAUGACGACGAUGAUAGCUUCGCCACGGCAGCCAAUACUUCCAUCGGCAGCUCCUUAGCUACACCUGAAGAUAUCAAAGAAUUUUAUAUCAAAGGAACAACCCCGACAAAAGUAGAUGUGGACGUACUGAAGGCGUUGGCAGGAACGUCCAGCAUUGACGUCGCCACCACCGCGCCUGUAGACGAAACCAAAUACCCGCACCUGGCGCAGUGGCAGCAGCUGCUCCAAGACAAGGUGCGCUCCUCGUCCCAGCUGGAAUUAAACGACACCAACGACGCCGCCCCUGUUGACCAGGGACGAGUGUCGAGCUUGUUCGAAUCUCCUUAUUGUCCCAAGUUGAAGCGUUCAAUUAAUUUUAAUUCUUCUAAUCCAAGCAUUCCAUUUUCGCCGUUGCCUUAGCUUGAUUAUUUUGGGUUUGGUAAGUUGGGAAUUCCUUAAGAGAAAUUUUUCUUAUUAAUGGCUUCUGUGACUUCUUCUUUCAAGUGUUGAAUCUAAUAUUGAAUCUUUUUCUUAAUUUCAAGAUCUUGAAUUAUCUCUAACUCAAAAGUAAUAUUGCUAGAAAUAACACUGGAACAAGGUCUUUUGGGUUUUAAACUUUUUUUUAUGAUAUUAGGAUUUUUUUUUUCAACUAAAAUUUUAA